AUGAGUAGAAUUGAUAGAAUUUUGGUUUCGGUUAAUGUGUUGAACCGAUGGGGGAUUGCUGGUCAAUUGGUUGGAGAGAGGGAUAUCUCGCAUAAUUGCCCGGUGUGGUUAGUGGAGUAUAAUGAUAAUUGGGGUCCUAAACCGUUCAAAUUCAACAACGAAUGGUUUUCUCUUGAUUCGUUUUUGCCUUUUAUUGAGAAAGAAUGGAAAAGCUUACACAUUGAAGGAAGAGGAGAUUUUAUCCUUAAAGAGAAACUUAGACUCUUAAAGGAUAAACUUAGGAGGUGGAAUGAGGAAGUGUUUGGAAGAAUUGACUUGGAGGUGGAGCAGGGGGUCCGGGAGUUAAACUUGGCUGACUUGACGUUAGAAGGGGAGGAUGUGGAUUAUUUUGAGGAGACUUUAGGUAGGAGAAAAUAUGCAUCUUGCCGUAUUUGUAGAAAUAUGAGAUUAAAAGAAAAUAUGUUUCUUCAAAAGGCUAGAUUAAAGUGGAUGAAAGAGGGAGACGCUAAUAGUGGUUUUUACCAUAAAGUGAUGAAAGAAAAAAGGAGUAUUAAUCAUUUAGGUCCUAUUCAAGUGGAAGGUGGUAUGGUGGAGUCGGUUGAGCAUGUGAGAGGAGGUUUGGGAUCAUUUUAG